UUUUUAAGACCAUUAAACACAUCUGAAUGUCAAUUUCCCUAAGUGUUUUGUGUGGACAUACAAAUUCGAAUGGCGUCAAAAUUAGCAGAAGAGUGGAACCAUUCAGUUUUGAGAAUAAUGCUGGUUGGACGGACUGGUCAUGGGAUAAGUUCUACAUGUAACACAUUGACUGGUGAAGACCUUUCAGAAGUAUCUUCUGCUUCUACAUCUACGACGACGACAAGUCAGCUGUACAAAGUAACCAAUCGCUUCAAAAGAAAUUAUGAAGUGGUAGAUACGCCUGGUAUUUGUUACACAGCGCAUGACAAUGAAACAAUUCACAAAGAACUGACUAAAUCUCUCCAUCUAGCCACACCUGGAUUCCAUGCCAUUGCGUUUGUUUUAAAAAGAGAUAAAUUCACUGCAGAGGUUCAAGAGACAAAAGACAUUAUCUUGAGAUGUUUUGGUGAAGAUGUUAAAAAAUAUAUGUUUAUAAUUCUCACAGAUAGUAACACAGAUGAAGAAAUAGAAGCAUUUAUACGAGAAAGACCACACCAAAAAUUAACAGAAUUAUUUUAUGAUUGCUGUGGAAGAGUUGUUCCACUUCAGAACAAAUGGAAAAAUUAUUGUCUGAUGCGUGAACAAGUUAUUUGUAUACUUGAAAUGGUGGAAGACAUAGUUGCCGAAAAUAACGGCACAAUCUUUUCAAGUAAUACCUCCAUACUUGAUGAAUCAUAUGCAGAAAGUGACGAAGAAUCACCAAGGUCUCUUGUUUUAGAGAAAGAGAAUGUUUGCGAAUUGGAUGGAACAGAAAUUAAACAUGGAAGACUCAAAUAUAUUAUUGAAAUGUAUCCUGAAACUAGCUCUGGAUCUGACUUCAUUGAAGAGUCUGAAAAUUACAUGGCUAAAUCGUAUGCAGGUAGUAAAGGAGGAAAAUUAAAAAUCAUUGAUGUGCACACAAAUAAACCUUACGAAUAUACUACAGACACGUCACAAAAUGUAGACUCCGGUGGAACUUCUGAAAAUCAGUCGCCUGUCAAUGAUAUCAGUUCUACGGAUUGUUCCGACCCUGAAGAUGAUAUUAAUGACUUUGGAACCAAAGAAAGCAUGGAUAAUUCCGAAUAUGAAAUUACUACAACCUAUUCUGAAACAUCUGUAAUUACGGAUUGUUCCGACACCGAAAAUGAUUUUAAUGCUUUUGGAACGAACGAAAGUAUGUAUAAUUUCGAUUCAGAAUAUACAAACCGUUCUGAAACCAGAGGAAUUAUGUAUUGUUCAGACUCUGAAGAUAAUAUGUAUGCUUUUGAAAUAGAUGCAAAAACGUAUAAUUCGGAAUCUGGAGUUAACACAAAACAUCUUGAAACAACAAAAACAACGGAUUUUCCCGACUCUAUAGAUGAUAAUGGUUUUGAAACAGAAGAAAGCACGGAUAAUUCCGAAUAUGAAAUUUAUACAAACUAUUUUGAAACAUCUGUUGAUACGGAUAAUUCCGACACCGAAGAUGAUUUUAAUGCUUUUGAAACUAAAAAAAUAAUGAAUAAUUACGAUUCAGAAUAUACAAACUGUUUUGGAGCAAGACAAAAUAGGCAUUGUUCAGACUCUAAAGACUAUAUGAAUGAUUUUGGAAUAAAUGCAAAAACGGAUUACUUUGGAUAUGAAGAUAACAAAAACCAUUUUGAAACAAAAGAAAAAACGGAUUGUCUCGACUCUACAGAUGAUAUUAAUGAUUCUGAAACAAAAGGCCAAUCUGCUGUAGAAAUGAAGAGAUUAAUUGCCUUAACCAGGGAAACAGUGUUUGACUUCUCAUAUUGCGCUAUCAUUUGAAUAUUCUUGUUUUCAGUUUUUAUAUGAUAAUAUGGUUUCUCAAAAAUGUCGACUAUGUUUUGAACUACCAUUUCUUACGCUAUACCCUGCUCUGUCGAUCUUCAUAUCACUGUCGAGCUCAAAUAGACAUGUUUAAAAUGCAAUUGAUUGUCGUGAUUUAAACAAACAUUUAGCUGAGCUUGAAUAAAUAAGUUUAUUGUAGAAAACCUAUCUGGUCAUUGGUAUUAGUCAAAAGAUAGCUAGUAUAUAAAGUGAACGUGAUCAACUUCUAAAAUUUUAUCAAUGUACAUACGUGUCUCAAUAAGAUGUAUGAUGUAUAAUUUAACAUAUAGUUAGAGUGCAUGGUAUCUUCAAGAUAAAGGAGAUUAUUAUAAAGAUUUUUAUAAAGAUAUACAUGCUAAUUAUACAUAUAUACGAUUAUCUUAUAAUCAUCGUCGUUUCGUCGUAAUCAAAUUUGUAAUCAAGAUAUAGCUUGUUAACCUUAUUUUGAAGGCUGUUUACUGUUCUGAUUUGCUGACAUUUUUAUUGUUUAAUGGGGAUAUUUCUAUUUCGAUGGCAUCAAAAUUAGCACAAGAAUGAAAACGGAGAGGUAUGCAUUCUAAAAACGUGUUUUUAUGUGUUAUUAUACAAAACGUCAUUAGUUUCAUUUUAAAUAAUAAAACCUUACUUAAGUACAGUUUUACUAUAAUGAAUUUUGCAAUUGAAUCUGAACAAAUAAAUAGUCGCUCAGAAUUUGUUAGGGUGCAUAACCAUGUAAAUUUGACGUUGUUCUUCUUUAUUAAUCACUUUCAUUUAAUUAUCACAAUCUCUCAUUUUCAGCAAUAUAAAUGCUUCUUAAAUAUUAUUUGUCGUUAUUCAUUUAAAGGUCACAUAAUCAGUCCAGCCGAGAUAUACAUAAAAGUUUCCCGGUGCCUGUCUGAUUAUUCCAUACAUCUACAAUGGAACUGUGACGCCUUCAUUUACAAUAUGUAUGCUUUAGUUUAGAGCCAAGUUUGUAGGUACUGUAAGAUUACUUCACGUGAUUGUGGACAAAGCGUUAUUUACAUGAAAGUGUACUUACAUAGCUUAACAUAAACUUUAAUAUCACAGUGAAGUACAUAUGAUGAAAUAUGAUAAAAUCUUUAUUAAUUACCACAGUCUUGAGAAUAUUACUUGUUGGAGGAAGUGGUCAUGGGAAGAGUUCUACGUGCAAUGCUUUGAUUGGAGAAGACGUCGCAGAAGUGUAUACUGCUUCGAGACGUACGACCUUAAUCGGUCAGCUGUACAAAGUAAUUUUACACUAUGCAUUUCUGUAGAAGAUCUGUGGGAGUGGUUGCUUACUUUUGAUUACCUUCGGUUGAUUUGGACCAUGAACUUUUUCACUUUUGACAUU